AUGACCAGCAGUACUGCGCAGAUGUUGGCUCAAAUCGAGUGCGGGACGGCGUUACAGGCGAUCAACGCGGUCCGGUAUCACACUGCACCACCCGGUCCCCUCUUCGUUUCACAGCUGGACGAGGUACUUGCCCCAUAUCGCUCUUCAACGCAUGGAUCGACCCUACAAAGAGGGGACUUUAUCGAGGUUGUCGGUGCUUCUGGUUCAGGCAAAUCAACCUUCCUCAGCUUCCUCCUCCUCACCUCCCUCCUCCCCUACUCUCUCCCCCUCCCCCUUCCUUCCUCCUCCACACCACACCACAUCCCCCUCGGCGGCAAAUCCCAAUUCUGCGCGCUCCUCCACUCUGUCUCUUCGCCUUCCUCCAUCCCGGCCCUCGCUCGCGUCAUGCGCGGGCAUAUACGCACCGCCGUCUCCGGCGUGGUAUCUACCGUAGGCCCUGCGCGGCUUACACCGGCCAUGGAGCGCGCUAUCGAGGCUUGUGUAGCUGAGUCUCUGGGCCGGCUGAGGAUUGUGAAGGUGAAGGGGAGGUAUAGGUACUGGGCGCUGGCGCUGCGGAGUCUGGCAUAUCCCCUGGUUACGCCGGGUGCGGGAGGGGGAGAGGAAGCGCUGUCGCUGGUCUGUAUGGACGGCCUCUCGGCCUGCUUCUGGCCGGAACGGUAUGCGGAGGAAGAGAGAAGCGCUGCGGGCAAGAAACGGACGGGCGUACCUGGGGUGAGAGGUCUGGAGGGUGUGGGGAUGCGGGAUGUGAUGGAUGCGAUCGGCGUAUUGAGAAAGGAGAUGGGUUGUGUGGUGGUGACCACAACACAGGGGCUAUGGCACGAGAAGAAACCCGAAACGUCCCAACCUACCCAAUUCUUCGCACCCUACCUUCCCCCUCCUUACCCAUCGCCAUGGGCCUUCCGACCCGGCGACGCCUCAGAAGACCCCUCCACCUCUACCCAAGCCUAUCCAUCCACCCUCCCCGCCUCAUCUACGUCUACCGUUCGACCACAGCCCGAAUCCGCCCACUGGCCUUUCACGUUCCAGCUCGUCCUCCUGGGUCGAUCGAGGGGUCUGCAAAUGCCCACAGAUGUGAUGCUGGCGGAUGCGCUGAAUGCGAGGGAUCGGGUAAGGAGAGGUGGUGUAGGGGAUAGGUAUAUGGCCAGAGUGAGGAUGAGGGGGGUGGAGGGGAGAUUAGGGGGUAGGGCAGGGGUGGAGUGGGGCUUUGGGAUAGGGGACGAGGGACUCGAGGUGUUCGCGGACUGA